AUGAGCGAGUCAUUUGACGUUCCCCGCAGUCAGAACACCGCACCAGUCUUCGAGUUCAAGUGUCUGUACACCGCAGACCUACGUCGGAAACAAAAACGAUGGCGGGAUGGCCGGCUUAAAUACCACAGCUUCAACAAGCGGGUGAUGGUAUACGAUGAAAGGUCGAAUUUCGUUGGCGAUGUACACUGGCGCGAGGACCACGAAUUGUGUGAUGGUGACGAACUUCAACUCGAGCGUGGAGGGAUCUUAGUUCAAGUGGAGGAAAAACUAGAAACACAUAAUCAAGACCUUUCGGAGCUGGUGGACAAGCCGCGCAAAGAGAAGGAGGCUCGCGCCGCAGCUAGGACUGCGAAUGGAUCGCCUGGAUCAUUUGGGAAAACUCAGAAUUUUGGAACUCCAGCGCAUACGGCAAUGCCCAAAUCUCUCAAUCGAUUGUUGACUCCCUCUGGUCAUCAUGGCAGAGCACAGAUCCCAAUCACAUCGCCUUUCGAAGACCGGAGGAAUAUCGAAAGCGUGACUCUGCCCAUUCACGAGGAACAGCGACCAUCGAAGAGACGAAAAUGUCACGAACCCCAGGACUCUAAAAGCGGGUUUGCACAAAACCUGACCGGGGCUAUGUUGAAUUUGACUUCCUCAAAGCCUUCGAGCACGCCCACGAUACGAUAUGACACAUUCAAGCCCAAAUUCUCUGUACCGCAACAGCAGGUUGCCGCAAUUGAUCUCACCUUGGAUGACGAUACUGGUAUGCCCGGCCGACACGAGGAGCUACCUCAACGCCGUGACAAGACUGCGAAAACGCAAGCGAGACCACACAAAUCUAGGCAGAAUAAAUCUGCUUCUGAACAGAGCGGCUAUGCUAGUAAUCUUACUGGAGUUAUGUUAUCGUUGAGCAGACCUCCACCUUCAACUGCUCUUCGACCUAUAGGGGUAUCGCGGGGUGGAAAAAUGAACGACUCGCAGUUCGAUGAAAACUCCAUGUCGAGAGAGGAAGGUCAAGGGGAGGGUGAUGCUGGCUCCUCUGUCCCCGAGACAAGCUUGGUAAAUCGCAACCCGUUGGGCACUCUGCACAGAAAGGACAACAGUUCCAAUAACUCUACUCACCCUAGGAAGACCCUCAAGCCAAGAUCAUCGUCCCCUCCAGCUAUUGCGAUACCGGAUGACAGCGCAAAUAUUCGCAGAGUUGUCAAAAGCAUUGCAAAGUCCGUCUCGGCCCCAUCUCUAGAUGGUGCAGCUAAGACGACGCCACUAGCUCUGAAUGUUGGUGCAAACCUAUUUGUAGGUGCUGAAGGUAAUGGCUCCAUAGAUAGUCGAAAAUCACGGCCAUUGUUCACAGCAGCAAAAGACGCAAAAAUGCCAGAUCACAAAGUGUCCAAACCAUCCAACUCAUUGGGCUCUUUGGCUGGAGAGAAUAAAAGUCGAUUGGUAAAGGCCAGAGCGGAAAUCAAUCAGCAACCUCGUGAAGGUGGAAGUAGUUCUGAGGUUCCGCAUAUGCGGUCGUCGGUACAGGAAAGGCAUAAGAGCUCCGCCAUACCCACGACCAGCAGCUCUUCGCUGAGAAAUAUUCGGCCUACCGGAAAGGAGAGAACCCCAGAAUAUGAUGCAACAGACCCUUUCGAAGUCGGUCCAAAGCCGAAUAAGAAUACUUCCGAGUCGUCCUUGAUGGCUACAAGCGAGUCGGACAAACCUGUUCCUACCUUGAGGAUCAGGUCCCGCCAACCUAAGAAGAUGAUGAUGUUCAUGAGCCGUCCGGGCCCUCCCAUUUCCACCCGUAAAAGCCCUUCAAGAGACAUUACAAAUCACAGGGCUGGUCACUCGGUAGCUACUAGAGACCCCGUGCAAUCCCAAGCCACAGUUGAGCUUGACUCUCUAAUCCAGCGACAACAGGAGAGAAUCCAGAGUCGACUUAGCAAAUCACGAAGUCGACCGAGCAUUGAUCGGGAAGAUCUAACAUCGCACAUAACGGAUCAUGGCAUCGCUCAGAACACGUCAAAGACAACCUCUGCCGUUUUGUCAAAAAGUUCGUCGAGCAAAAGGACACCAGCUCAUACUUCCGUACAAGGAUCUAUCGAUCCACCCACCGUAUCUUCUUCAGUACUACCAGAAAUUGAAGCACGUUCCCUUAAGAGUCAACCUCCUGAAUCAGAUCUAGUGUCCGGGACUAGCCGGCUUGGAUCGGUUUCAAUGAAUAUACCUUCGUCGACUGGCACUUUUGGUGAGGAUGUUCAUGUCGUGUCUCGAACACCGUCUGCUCAAGAUAAUAAAGAAGCAGUAGCCAACCUGUCAAAAGCGUUGUCAUCUGUUGUUGAGAUGGCUUUGCCGGCUGGAACUAGGGGAGCACCACAACCUAUUGAUAUGCCACAGGAUACUAUAAUGACUACUUCUGUACCAGAGGACAGUUAUAUACCUGUCAAUCGUAUCAGUGACGACAGAUCAACGACUAGCAUUCAAAGCAAGGAUGGUUCAAUAUCUACUAGGGACGAUCGAUUUCCAGUCAAAGUAUCAGGAUUCGGCAGCAGUGAAAUCCCAUCUAAUCCACGACAUGCGUUUUCAUGUGGGCAAAACAAUGAGCAGCCCAUAUUAGAUACUACAAUGGAAAAAGGCAGAGCGCCACAAAAUCAACACAGCUCAAAAGAGGAGACUACGUGUGGAAAAUUGCCGCAUGAAAACAACAUAGCUCCCCCUCACAUUGAAGAGGAGCAUCGUGAAGUGAUUAAGUCGACAUCACCCAAGUCAACUCUGCCAGAUGUAGAGAUGUUAGUUGAAGAUCCUAGUGAUGAACAGUCCGCGCAUGUGACUAUUCAAUCUCCAGAAAAUCAAACUUUCGCAUCAGCUAAGGAAGUGUCCGGCGUUCAUGAGUCGACGACUGCUCAUACCGAAAGUUCUCUACAACCCUGUACUGUACGAACAGCAAGCAACUUUGGUUCGCGAUGGCAAGGAUCAGACAAUAGCAACAACUCAGACUUCGCUUUGAGUAUUACGACCGUAAAUCAGUCUAAAUUCAAACUAUCGAAACCUGUUCCGCGAGCUCAGCCCUUAGGACCACCACCCGCAAGGUUAAGUUCAAAGCCUGCCGAUGUGGCUGACGAUAAUGGAAUGCCUGUAACCUCUACUGGACCAUGGAGCCGGGAGGCUUUCGAUCUAUUUGGAUCCUGGAAGCCUAUUAGCGGCCAUAAAAACGGCACAUGA